UGGAGCGAGAUGGCAAUGUCCACCAUUAAAAACCCCUUAAAUGUAUUUGUUAUCCUCUUCAAUUCUUUCGACGUUUCUGGUUGCUAAUUGCAUAAAAAUAUUUAUAAGUUAUUUGAAUGUUGUUAUAAGUUUCUAAAAUAGUUACUUUGAGAUGUAUUUGCCCCUUGGGGUUCUUCUAUGUUUGUUGUGUCAGUCUUUUGGGGAAGUUUCGAUAAAAUAUGCAGCUAUCAUUUAUAGACAUGGCGAUAGAACCCCUAUUGAUCCAUAUCCAACAGAUCCCUGGCGAAACGAAUCUUUAUGGCCAGUAAGAUUCGGUCAACUAACGAAUAUAGGUAAAAGACAACACUAUGCAUUAGGACAAUGGUUUAGGAAAAGAUAUUCUAAUAUAAUCACUAAUAAAUACGACUCUAAGAAGGUAUAUGUUCGAUCAACUAAUGUCGAUCGUACCCUCAUGUCGGCUGAAGUAAAUUUAGCAGGCAUGUAUCCUCCUAUGGGUAAAGAAGUAUGGAAUGAUCACUUAAACUGGCAGCCAAUACCAAUACACACAAGGCCUGAGCAUGAUGAUGAAGUGUUAGCAAUGAAAAGAAAAUGUGCACAGUAUGAUAUUGCAAAGAACAAUUUUAUCAAUUCCCGAGCAUAUGAAGAUCAUCUCAGUAAAUAUGAAGGUCUAAUGGAUUACCUGACACAACAUACAUUGAGAAAAAUAAAAGAUUUUGAAGACAUUAAUGAUAUUUACAACAUUUUGUUUAUUGAAAAUUUGUAUAACUUAACAUUGCCUAAAUGGACACACUCUGUAUUUCCUGAUAAACUAAAAGAACCGGCAUGUUAUAGUUUUUCAAUAGCGACUGCGACACCAGUGAUGGCUCGUUUGUUAGCUGGGCCUCUUUUGAAAGCAAUUGUGAAUAACAUGUUGAACAAAAUGUCAGAGCAACCAGAUGCUCUCACAUUGUCAAUAUACAGCGGCCAUGAUUUUACAAUUGCUAAUAUUUUAUCUGCACUUGGAUUAUUUGAUGGAAACUGUCCAUCUUAUACUUCUACAAUUAUCUUUGAACUUUUAAAUGAAGACUCAACGCCUGACUAUUACGUGAGAAUAUCAUACAGGAAUACAACAGAUAUUGUUGAACCAUUUAUCCUCAAUAUACCUAAUUGUGGGAAGAUGUGUCCCAUUCAGAGAUUUAUCCAAGUAUUUGACAAUCUAAUUUCAGUUGACUGGGAAUCUGACUGCCAAGUUCAGUAUAACAACAAUUUGAUAAUAUAUUUCUUUAUAAUGAUUCAUAUUUUCAUCUUCAUACUAUAUCUACAAGAUAAUUAUUGUGAUGUUAUCAAACAAGAAAAGAGAAAUGAAUUACUUCGAAACAGAAGAAUUGCAACGGAUGAAACUGAAACAUGUUUAUGUCCAGAUUUGGAACAAAAUGUAGAUGUAAACAACGUAGAAAAACCUCAAUUGUUAUUGUAGAUUAUAGUUAUAUAAAUUUAUCUGGCCCGGAGAGGAUUGCAUUUAGUUCUCUCAGCAAAUAUGUAAGAAUAGGCUCUUAAAAAAGGAAAGACAUGACAAAACAGUAGCAAAACGACAACAAUCUUAUGCACAUUUUUGAUAUAGACAUGGAGAACUUUUAUGUUCCACUUUUAUCUACUAAGCCAGAUAAUUUUGUCAGACUGUUAGCCGACUGAUUGUAUUUUAUGAUUUACUCGAUCUUCCUAUACUUUAUUACGUUUGCAUAUUUUGACCAAAACAUCUUACCAAAGUUGCAUUUAUUUUGAAUGAUGGAAAUUAUAAAACAAAUUCUGUUUUUUAGUAUUAGAAUUCUGUAUUGAAUUGCCGGCAAGAUUUUAUGCAUAGAUUGUAUGUAAGUGAGGUUGUAUCAUAAGAUGAAAUUCAAAUUGACAUUUCUUAAAAAAUUAUAAUCUUAUCAAUUCAAAAAGAAAUUAAUAAAUU